UUCCGGAGGGAGGAGUGAAGACAGAACAGUUUCACAACAUUCACACAAGCCAGGAUUGGUGCUGCUGUCGGGUGAGGAACGGUCUGUAGGUGAGAGCUGUUGGCGUGACACGCUCAGGGCUCUGCUGAAUCAUGUUUGCCCGUCGCCUGCCCUGGUGGAGAUCCAGUGCCACCAUCCUGCCCUGGCAGUCGGGUCACUUUCUGCCUCGCACCAGGGACAGGUGCCAAACAGCGAGUGUUAAAGGAAUCAGCACGACCGUGGGGCAGGAGCAGCCGGUCAGCGCGCAGCAGAAACGAGUGUUAGAAGAUCUGGAAAUGCCCCUCGUGAGGAGACCAACGGAGACCCUCUUCCAAGAGCAGCCCAAGACUGGGAACCCGUACUUGGAGGAUACUUUGCUUCAGAGUUACUUGAAAACUCACCUUCCUCCCAAGGUACUGGAGGAGGUGCAUCAGGACCUGGAGAGAUUUGGAAACCGCCUGCUAACCAAGAUCCAACCCCUGGGAUGGGAAUGCGAGUUGAACCCGCCGGUGUUCCGGCAGUUCGACGCCUGGGGACAGCGCGUGGAUCGCAUCGACACCUGCUCGGCCUGGAGGAGGAUGAAGGAGAUCUCGGCGGAAGAGGGGCUGAUUGCUGAGGCCUAUGAGAGAAAAUACUCCAACUGGAGCCGCCUGUACCAGGCUGUCAAACUGUACUUGUUCUCAACCUCCUCUGGAGGUUUCAACUGUCCACUGGCCAUGACUGAUGGGGCAGCCAAAGUCAUUGAGUCGCUGGGUAUUCCCGGGUCUCUGAAAAGCGCUUUUGACCGUCUGACAUCCCGUGACCCCAAGAAGUUCUGGACCUCUGGCCAGUGGAUGACGGAGCGCAGGGGCGGCUCGGAUGUUGCGAACGGAACCGAGACCGUGGCCAGGAGGCAGCCGGAUGGUACCUUUCGUCUCUAUGGAUUUAAGUGGUUUACAUCAGCUGCUGACUCUGAUAUGGCAUUAACCCUGGCCAGGAUAGCAGAUGCUGAAGGACAGUGUCCCCAGGGUUCCAGGGGCCUGUCCCUGUUCUUCCUGAGGGUUCGAGACGAGGAAGGGAGGCUGAACAACAUCCAGGUGCAGCGGCUCAAAGACAAGCUGGGCACCAGACAAAUGGCAACGGCAGAACUGUGGCUGCAGGGAGCCAGAGCAGAGCUGAUCUCUGCAGAGGGUCGUGGAGUGGCCUCCAUCUCCAACAUGCUGAACAUCACUCGGAUCCACAAUGUCAUUGGUGCAGUAGCUUCCAUGAGAAGGAUGAUCAGCCUGAGCAGGGAGUACGCCCGUAGGAGGGUCGCCUUUGGGAAGCUCCUCAAGGACCAUCCCCUACACAUGCAGACCAUAGCCCGGAUGGAGGUGCAGGCGCGAGGGGCGUUUCUGCUGCUCAUGGAGGUCGCUCGCCUGCUCGGCCUGGCAGAAACCAACCUGGCCAGUGAGCAGGACCAGCUGCUCCUGAGACUGCUGGUCCCCGUGGCCAAACUGUACACGGGGAAGCAGGCUACUGCUGUGGCUGUGGAGGCCAUGGAGAGCUUUGGGGGCCAAGGUUACAUGGAGGACACGGGCGUGCCAGUCAUCCUCCGGGAUACUCUGGUUCUGUCCAUUUGGGAGGGAACAACCAACAUCCUGUCCCUCGAUGUCCUGCGAUCCCUUGCCAAGAGCCAAGGCCGGGUGAUGGCCGUGUUCCUGUCCACAGUGCAGGAAAAGCUGGAGCUGGUGUCGGGCACUGCUGAGCUGGCCCCGGCCGUGCAGCGGGUGCGGGGGGCCCUGGGCAGCCUGGCACAGUUCCUGGAGAAAGCGGGAGCAGAGCCCGCCGUGACCAUGGAGCUGGCAGCCAGAGACUUCUCCUACAGCCUGGCACGGAUCUACACAGGAGCUCUUCUGAUGGAACACGCAGCCCGGCCUGGUGCCUCCUCCACAGACACCUGCGCUGCCCUCAGGUGGUGCAACCAGGAGCUGUGUCCAGUGGCUGCGGAGUCGGGGUCCGGCAGUUACAGGGCUGGGACAGCACUGCAGGACAGUGCCCUGGUGUAUGGGGACAGUGCCCUGGUGUAUGGGGACAGUGCCCUGGUGUAUGGGGAUAGCACCCUGGGGCACGGGGACAGCACCCUGGGGCAUGGGGGCAGCCGGCUGUGAGGCCCCAUGGCCCCACCACACACAGAAGCCUGCCAGUUGACCUGCUUGGGAUUGCCCCGAUGACUACAAAUUUUUAAUUAAAAAGUUGCUAAUAACAGAAGAAAAGCACUAGUAGGCCAAAGACAGCUGGAAUUUAUAGCUGGGAAGUGCUACAGCAGCCAGGAGACUGAGUGGGAAGAGGGGGAAGGAGCUGUUUGCUGAGCAUGGAGCUGUCCAGCAUUUCCCUGAGGCCAAACCGGCAGAUCCAGGACACAAGUGACAAACGCUGCCUCCAGGGAGGAGCAGAGGGGAGCAGUUCCAGUGGGAUGCAGCAAGGGAGGCUCCGUGGGCUCUCUGUGCCCUGGCACAGGGAUCCCAGGCUGAGCCAGGCAGAGCUCCCCUGAAAUCACACAAAUCCCAUUAACCAGUCCCAGCACCAAAAGGCUUCCUUUGUAUGUGCAUUGAAGGGACAAAGAGUAUUUGGGCUUGAAAAGCCCCCGACAGUACAGAACCACGGAAUGGUUUGGGUGGGAAGGGACUUUAAAGCCCAUCUCAUUCCACUCCCUGCCAUGGGCAGGGACACCUCCCACUAGCCCAGGUUGCUCCUCAUAUAUGAGCUAUAAUUUGCCUAAAAAUAAGCCCCACAAACUGGGAGCUCUGCAGAUGCCUCAACACAGAGAACAAGGGACUGUGAAAUCAUCACUGUGCAGGAAAAUGAGAAAUGUAUUAAGAUCUAAACAUUCACUCUGAGGCUGAAGAACUGCUGUUACACACAGGUGAGCAUGAGGGUCUGACAUGUCCCACUGCUGCUGAACAGCUCUGCCCUCGGAGCUUUGCAUGAUUUCAAACAUUUCAUGUGCUUCAAGUAGUUAAUCGAGAUUUCAGAUGUCAUUUUAGUACAAAUCCCACCAAAAAAAAAAAAAGGUACAAUCAAAUUCAUCACCACUGCAAGCUAUAAAAAUCAUUUUGUGGCAGGACUACAGGAAAUCAGUUUAAAACCCAGAUUUGUUAAAUAAUAAGGUCAAACUUUAGUAGCAUUUAAAAAAUGUCCAAAUCCGAAGAAUAUGGUGACCUGAAAUGCCAAAAUGCAACAAUUGGAGCUCUGAUGCCUGAACUGACCGAGACACCAAACUGUCCCUGAGGGCAGAGCUGUCCCCAAGGGCUCUGAGCUCCAUCAGGAAUCACCGUUCUGUCCUUUCUCACCACUCAAAAAAAGAGCCUAAAUCGUUGCUUUGUCUUUUUAGCUGAAAAACGUAAUUCCGAGGAGCUCAGGAGCCAGUCCCGAGCGAUGCCAGCGAUGGGCAGCCCUAAGGACUGUGUGACACCUGGUCCAACCCUUACCUGGCAGAGCUGGCCAAGCCCCCCUGCCAGCACAGCCCAGCAAAACACCAUCUUCUGACUCCAACCCUCACCCUGGGUAAUUCCAGGUCGAUUCGAGGGGCAGUUACAGGCUGACAGUAACACCCCCCCGUCCAACAGCCUCUGAGCCUGCUCAGCCUCCUGCACGUGGCUACUGCCCUUUGCAGCCCCCCAGCCCCUCAGAACCUGUCCCAGGGUGGGCUCUGUCCCACCCCGACAGCCCUCCCAGCACAGCAGAGCCGUUCCCAACACCUCCUUCCCCUUCCCCACCGAAGAGCAGCAGGUUUUCCACACUACAACUGCCCCCAGCACUCACCUGCACUGCUCAGGUGUGAUCCCCGAGCACUGCCCGGGUGUGAGAUCGCUGCUCUUGAAUGACUCUGGUGUCACCUCCCCUGUCAGGGAGGGGUGGCCCCGCCGCUGUCCCACCUGGGAUGGAGCCCUUCAGCUCCCAAAGGUUUCCGUUCUGCAGCCGCUCUUUGUGACUCCCCAAAUCCCCUCUGCCCACGGAGGUUGUUCCACAGCCCCUCAGCUCUUGUGACAGCAGCACUGCUGUCCUGACAGGCUCCCGGGCUGCCGAGAGCGGGGACUAAGGAAAGGGGGAAGGAAGUUCCUUAGGAAGAACUGAUCACUGGGGAAUGGGCUUCGACGCCGUCAGCCGUGUCCUCCUCUGGCAGAGCUGCCAGGGCACUGCUGCCCCUGACAGGAGUUCCUGCACCAAGGGCUUCACAGCCCGUGGGAGUUAAAACCUUCCCUGAGAGCAGAGCAGACCCACCCCGGCGUUCCCAAGGAGGGGAACGGCCGGCAGGGCAGUGCCCGAGGGCACCGCUGUGCACACAACACCUGCAGGGCAACGAGCUCCUGGCAAAGCACUCCCAGGUACCUCGAGUGUGAAAGGAGCUCUAGGAAAUCAAACUGUGAGGUGUAACUGAAACCCUGCUCCUCUGUGUGUCUUUAGUUGUGCCAAACGGGAUCUCUGUGCUGCUUUCUGGCUCCUGCAGCUGCAGAUCCCCCCAGUGUGAGCACAGCUCUGCCCCGACCUGCUUUGAUUUGAUUAAAUAAUCACCAUCAGAUCACGGAACAACUGAGUACGAGGUCCUGGGAUGGGACAGGUCUGGCCCAACAUCACUCACAGCUGCUCGAGGAGCUGCUCAGACCCCCGGGAAUUCAGGGCAAAUCCUCCAAGAGAAGAAACAGCCUUUGGUGGGUGAGCUGAGGGAUGGGAGCACAGCUGGGAUGAGCAGCAGUCACAGGAAACUGGGAAUAACUGGGCUUUAGUGCAGGACAAAGACCAGUUGAGUUUUCCACCUUCUGGGAAAAAAGAUCUUGAACCUGAGUGAGUUUGGUUUGUUCCCGAAGAGCUGCAGCUCCACCAUCCAGCACUGGGAUAAGGCAGGAGCUGUAACAGUGACAACUCCAACCUCCCCCACCAAACCCCACAGAAAGCAGGGGAAUUCCCUGGAGACCUGGGCUGCUCCUACAGUUGGGCAACGUCAUCAGAGUGAAACACGAUGGUGGGUUAAGGGGAGAAAGAAAAAUGUGGGAUGGAGGGAGCUGAGACUCCAACACCAACAACCUCUAACAGUUCUCCAUCCUUGGAAAACAGCACUGACUGUACCAACAGAACCUGGGAGGGGUGUGGGUUGUGCCUCUCCCCCUCCCUGGGACCAGGAAAACCAAGUGUAAGAUUUAUUUUUUCUUCUGGGUUUAGGAGCAAGUUUGUUGUUCCUUGUGAAGACACAGCCUGGAACACAAAGCCAGAGGCAGCAGCUGCUGCUCCUUUUCCAAGGCCUCGGUGCUCCUGCUGAACCUCCACCACAUCCCCUCCGAGGGGCAGGGAAGCAAAAUAAAAAAAUUAGAAAGUGUGUUAGCAAAUGCUCCCAUGCAAAAGUCUAAACUUUAUUCACUUUUAUUUAUAUAUUUAACAAUUCUAAAGUAUUUACUUCUCGCUUUUGACAAAAAUGAAAAAUAUAGGAGCACUUUACUCUCUUGUGGAGAGAAGGGUUAUUUCUGUACACAGCUACGGAGAGAGAGACGCUUCCUCCUUUACAUACAAAGAAAAAUAAUAUUAAUAAAAAAAGUGCUUCAUCGAUCCAAAAAA